UUGCAGCUGCCAUGGAUGACAUUCCCGCCAAUGAGCUCUUCAGAAGCAUGCAAAAGGGGAAGAAGAAGAAGAGGGCCUCUAAGAAGGCUCACCUCCACAUUGACACCACCACCUCCGACGUUGGCACCUCCGUCCCUAAGCACCCACCAGUCGCCGAACAGCCUCCUGUGAUUGACUUGGUUGAGGAGGACCAAGGCAAGGCUACUCCGCCUCGCGUGCCCAAGGAGACCACAUCUUCCGAGCCCUAGCACGUGCAGGCGACCAUCACUCUGUCGAGUAGCGAUACUUCUUCUUGGAGCAUUUUGACUCCGAAGUUUGGCCUCCUCAAAAGCAAGGAUGUGGUAUUCACCGAAGAGGUCGCUCGUUAGGCUGACUUACUGAUCACUCAGCUCGGGGCCAGAGCAGCAAUGCAUUGCAUGGUGGUGAGCUCCUCGAUCCAUGCCCUGGCCUACCAGUCCGAGGUGAAUUUAAAGCAAGCUCUCGAAGUCGAGGAAUCCUCCCGAAGUGCCCACUCCGAGCUUAACUUGGUUCACAACGAGAUCAACCAGCUGAAGAACGACGCACGAGCCAAGAAGGAGCUAUUGACUCUGCAGAUGGCGGAGGAACUGAAAGUGGAGAAGGAGCUAGUGGAGAAUGAGGUGACUCUGAAGAGAGAGAACGAGAACCUCGAGGCGUUGGUGAAGGAGUGGACUGAAAUUCUACUCCAAGCGAUGGAGGAUGCCAAGAUCAAGGCGGUUGAGGAAUACAAGUCUUCGGCGGAGUAUCAUGAGAAGUUGGUCGAGGUCAGGACAACGAGCUACCGUAAGGGGUUUAAGCUCAGCAGAUGGUUGACUCGACGUGAAUUUCCCCACCUUGACCUCAUUGUUGAUUCAAGGAAGAGAGUGAUGACGGCCUUCUCGACGAUGAGACAACGGAAGUGGGAGAGGGAGUUGAUGCCACCGAGGACCACAUGGAGAUCGAUCUACCCGCUGACACCUCUGUUGGGGAUGAGGAGCCCUGAACCGAUUGAUGCCUCUUUUCUUGGACCCCCUUUGUAA